AUGAGCUUCCACCUAAAAUUCCACAUCCGUGGCAGCCAUCUCACCGUUGACGCGGCGCUACGUGUGAGGACACAGCGGCCAGAUCGUGGGCUGAUCACUGACGAGACAAAUUUCGCCAAAGAGAAGAAAACAAGAACAAGAUUCUCAGCCGCUUGCAUCGUUUCCGAGACCAAGGAAGCCUCUCCAGCCGGAGCUGUGGAUGACACGACCUUUAAAUCUCUAGUGCUCGAGUCUGAGAUUCCCGUUUUGGUGGACUUCUGGGCUCCCUGGUGCGGGCCGUGCCGGAUGCUGGACCCGGUGAUCGACAGCAUUGCCGAGAAAUACAAGGGCAGGAUCAAGUGUUACAAAGUUAAUACCGAUGACAGCUCCAAGACCGCAACAGAGCUGGGAAUUCGCAGCAUCCCGACGUGCAUGAUCUUCAAGCAAGGUGAGAGAUUGGACACCGUCAUAGGCUGCGUUCCAGAGACCACUUUGAUUACCACCAUCGAGAAGUACAUAUGAAGCAAACAGGGGGGUAUAGCCUUUGACGUUUGCAGCUUGUUGCUCAUCCGACCAGCCAAGAAGCCGAGAGAAAAUAAUUACUUUGGUCAAUUGAGCAUCUUCUGUAUUAUACUUUGUCUACCUUCAUUGCCAAGACAAAUUUUAUAUUUAAUCUUGUUGAUA